AUGGCUUCCAAGGCGCUGCCCGAUCUACUCAAUGCUACUAGUUCUAUCCAUAUGAUUGUGCGCCAGUUGUUCUCCCGGAUGGUCUUUUCCCUUCAGAUGGAGUGUUCCCUUUCCAUGGAGAUCAUUUCCUUUUGGUUGUGGCUUGAAGGGAAUGGUCAUCCUGAUUUCCUUGCAAGCAUAGAGUCGUUUGACAACUAUCAUCUCCGGGGAAUUGCCUUUGCUGGAAAAAUGUUUAUUGAAGCUCUACGUCGUAAGUGUCACUUAAAUCAUAGAUCUGAGCAAGAAGGCUAUUUCCAGAUAGAAGCUAUGGAAGGUAUCGUUUUCUACCUCAACAAUUUCUGCUACAAGGCUUUAGAAGAUAUUCUAGAAAUAGCAGAGGAAAAGGAACGUAUCUACCGUACCAAUCAUCAACAAGUUCAGCAACAGAACAUGAAGGGUAAAGCUCCCAUGAUGAGCACGAUCCAGGUGCAGCAACACCCCGCUAUACCAUGUGAUGAGAGAACUCUCUUUGUGACUUUCUCCAAUGGUUACCCAUUUACUGAAGAUGAACUAUACGAAUUCUUUGAGGGGAACUUUGGAGGUGUUGAAGUCAUAAGCGUGGAGGAGCCAGUUGAACCUAGGCCACCACUCUAUGCACACAUCUGUUUUUUCACACAGGAGACAAUCCUCCACAUCCUUCGUGGGAACCCAAGGGUCAAGUUCGUGAUACGAGGGAAGCAUCUAUGGGCUCGGCAGUUUGUUCCAAAGCGGAAGAAAGUCCGGAACUAA